AUGACGGCCAACUUCCCCGCCAACGUCACAGCUUUUCCCUUUCCCAAGUCCUCCCACUCACUCAUCGCCACAGAGACUACCUUCAAGAACUUCUUGACCGCAAUAACCUCUGACCCCAGGGAACACUGUCAACUUGAUGACAGCUCCCUCCAGACCCCUCUAGCAGUCCUCUACUCUGUCCUCUUCGUCUUGGGCCUGGCCGGCAACAUACUGGCUCUCUGGGUCUUUCUGUACGUCCACUCCAAGAAGAACUCUAUCCGAGUGUUCCUCAUCAACGUAGCGUUAGCCGACCUGCUACUGGUCGCCUGUCUCCCAUUCAGAGUGCUCUACCACAGUAAAGGGAACCACUGGGAUAUGGGCCCCACACUCUGUAAGGUCGUGGGAAACCUAUUUUAUAUGAACAUGUACAUCAGUAUCACCUUAUUAGGGUUGAUCAGUGUGGAUCGCUAUCUGAAGAUCCAACGUGGCGCUGGGGAGCAGUAUCGCCUCCAGGACACCAGAUGGAGUUCCGCCGUCUGUGGGACCAUCUGGAUCCUGGCCCUCGCCUCAGUCAUACCCAUGAUCCUCCUCUCCGAGGGCAACGAGGAGUCGAACAAGUGGGUUUUAUUUUUGAAUUUAAAAAAAUGUAAACAUCUGUUGAGGAGAACUUUGUUGAUAUGCUUUAUUUGAGUAGGGUCCAACAUUUUGAACAAUUAUACUAAUAGUAACUUUAUUUUCUCCCAAUCCCCCAGGUGUUUCCAGUAUAAACAGAGAAAGCGUGUGAAGGGGAAGGCCUAUUUCAACCUCUUCCUGGUUGCCAUGUUCUGGUUCGUGUUCGUCUGCCUCGUGGUGUCUUAUGGGAAAAUCGCACUCAAGCUGCUGAGGAUGUCGAGAGAGAAACCGGACCUCCCCAACGCGACCCACUACAACCGUAUCGCCAGGAAGUCCUUCUUCGUCCUCUUCCUGUUUACCAUCUGCUUCGUCCCCUAUCACAUGGUCCGGGUGUUCUACGUAGUCUCCCAGAUCAGCAAAACUUCCUGCUACUGGACGGGCAUGGUAGACCAAGCCAACGAAGUGGUGUUGCUACUCUCUGCCCUCAACAGUUGCCUGGACCCCGUGAUGUACUUCCAGUUGUCGGCGUCUGUGAGGAAAGAGACACUCCGAUUGGUCAAUAACAUGUUCCAACAGAGGGACUCAGGUGGCAGUGGGAGUGGAUCCAGUGUGGAUUGUGGGAGAAGCCUUGGGGAGCAGCCAACCGUUAGUUUACUCAGUAAUCUAAGAACAAAUAUAACUGUCCAGCCCUCCCUCCUUCAGAUAUAAAUAAGAUGAAGUUGUCACUAGACACUGAUCUGAGGUCAGUUUUGCUUUUUACUCCCUAAUGGUUAAGGUUUGGAUGUGGGGAGUGGAAGAUAUGAGUGAAAGAAGCAAGGAUGGUGGCCACUUCUGUGCCAACCGUGUUGGGCCACAAAAUAGCAGCAAAGUCCACCCUCCGUCAGGUAUCAGGACUAGCCAGCAUAAGCCAUUUCGUGCCAAGAACAAUUUGAAGAGCCACAGUCCUGGAGAGCAUCAACACGACUCCAUGGAAUUGGGGUGUGGUUGACAUUUUUAUGUUGGUGCUUUUCUAUCUACCAAUUUCAAUGAUUAAUUAAUUAUGCUAAAUCAUGCAAAUAUAACUUGUCUGUGUAUAGCCGUUUAUAAAAGACAACCGCUGGGCCGGCCCGAGCAGAGCUUCUGACAGACGUUCACUAUGGUGCAUUAAGUUUGUUGGAACCUCUCCAGCGCGCUUUGGUAAACAACUCCAGUGUAGAUUUGCUCUUGUGUUUUAAGUUAUUGUCCUGCUGAAAGGUGAAUUAAUCUCCCAGUGUCUGGUGGAAAGCAAACUGAACCAGGUUUUCCUCUAGGAUUUUGCCUGUGCUUAGCUCCAUUCUGUAUAUUUUUUUAUCCUGAAAAACUCCCCAGUCCUUAACGAUUACAAGCAUACCCAUAACAUGAUGCAGCCACCACUAUGCUUGAAAAUAUGGAGAGUGGUACUCAGUAAUGUGUUGUAUUGGAUUUGCCCCAAACAUAACACUUUGUAUUCAGGACAAAAAGUGAACUGCUUUGCCACAUUUUUUGCAUUAUUACUUUAGUGCUCUGUUGCAAACUGUAAACAGGAUGCAUGUUUUGGAAUAUUUUGUACAGACUUCCUUUUUUUCCACUCUGUCAAUUAGGUUACUAUUGUGGAGUAACUACAAUGUUGUUGAUCCAUCCUCAGUUUUCACCUAUCUACCAAUUUCUGUUCAAUGUUUGUGCUUUUCUAUAAACCAAUUUCUGUGUUCAUGCAAGUGACUGACUGAACAAAUCCUCUAUCAGUAGCUGCAAUUUGGGAGUAUGCCCAGACCUUGUUUUGAAAACGAAAGAUAUCUCAAUUUCAAGGUCUCAGCUUGGACAGAAGAAGCCUCGUGAGGUAUUGGUCUGUCACAUGUUAUGAACCGGUUUUGGUCGGUCACAUUGAAUGAAACAAAACGGUAAUGAUUCAUUAAUUAUGCUAAAUCAUGCAAAUAUAACUUGUCUGUGUAUAGCCGUUUAUAAAAGACAACCGCUGGGACGGCCCGAGCAGAGCUUCUGACAGACGUUCACUAUGGUGCAUUAAGUUUGUUGGAACUUCUCCAGCGCGCUGACAGUUUUUGCAGGGGAUAUGUCAUGCUAAAAGGACUGCACAGACAUUGAGGACCAUACAGACACCACAGUGAUAUUACUGAGAGUAUACUGGGACUUUUAUAAAUGAGGAAAUUGAAUCAUUCGGUCAUGACAUGCUGGUGGAAAACAAAAGAAAGACAAUACCCAAUCUCACUUAUAAAAGCCAUGAAGGCACGCUAUGCUAAAAGAAAGCGUGGGACUGUGAUGACAAAACAUUAGAUUAAUUAUUACCAUUCAUUGUGAAUAGGCUACUGAAUGGUUGUUGAGUGGUUUUGUAACUGCUUUUUGCCUGUUUCAAUGUUUCAUAUAUUGCCUGUAAUAGAGACAUUUUGAGACAUUAAAAGGUUGGAAACUAUAUUGAAUAAUUAACAUGAAAAAAUGAAUAAAUUGAACAAUGUAAUGAAAAGGGCAUUGUUUUUAUACUACUGGUAUACUGUUCAUAUUGCAACAUUAGGCCUUGGUUGGCCCUCAGUAAAAACCAAAGCAUUGAUUUGUCAUAAAUACUCAUAUGAAUGCAUUCAUAAAGACUUGUUACAUCUGAAAAUGCAAAUGAUAGACUACAACAAGUAGACACUCUAGUCUAGCCCAAAGUGCUGAAUAGCAAAAUCCCAAGCUCAGGCAGGUCUAGCAUGGACAGGGAAGAGUACAACAGCUUCUGUAUGGGCCACUACAGAGCACCCUCCACUUGACACAUUUUAUUAUACUUUAAAGUGGAGUGUGUAGCACUGGAAUUAGCAAAGAUGGUAACCAUGGCACCAAGAUAAGAGUGAGAUCAUUUGGAGCAUGAUUCAAAGUAACACAGUAUGUGUUCUUUGCCCACAGUAACACAGGAUGCAUGAAAUACAGAGAGAGAGAGAGAGAGAGAGAGAGAGAGAGAGAGAGAGAGAGAGAGAGAGAGAGAGAGAGAGAGAGAGACAAAGAGAGAGAGACACAGAGACAGAGACAGAGAGAGAGAGAGAGAUAGAGAUAGAGAGAGAGAGAGAGAGAGAGAGAGAGAGAGAGAGAGACUGUGGGCUGGGAGUCUGAGUUAGAUGAGAACGUGGGAGGUAGUAACAAGAAAUUAGAUAAGCAUCCAGAAACACUUCAUUUAUGUCUGAUGCUAGUUAAAGAUGGAUCUAACAACAGAUAAUACACAACAUAUUUCAAUAUAUCUAUCUGUUCAUAGGCUCAGUGGAACCAGCAAUCAUCCACACAGGUAAGAUUUCUACAGUGCCUUCAGAAAGUAUUCAUACCCCUCGAUUUAUUCAACAUUUGGUUGUGUUACAGCCUGAAUUCAAAAUUGAUUAAAUUGAUUUGUUUUCUCACCCAUCUACACACAAUACCCCAUCCCAUAAUGACAAAGUGAAAAUGUGUUUUUAUACAUUUUUGCAAAUGUAUUGAAAAUUAAAUACAGAAAUAUCUAAUUUACAUAAGUAUUCACAUCCAGAUCUUCCAGAUAACAUCCCUGAGUCAUACUUUGUAAAAGCACCUUGGGCAGAGAAUACAGCUGUGAUUCUUUCUGGGUUGUUCUCUAAGAGCUUUCCACACCUGGAUUGUGCAACAUUUGCCCACUAUUAUUUUCAAAACUCUUCAAGCUCUGUCAAAUUGGUUGUUGAUCAUUGCUAGACAACCAUUUCUAGGUCUUGCCAUAAAUGUUCUGGUAGAUUUAAGUCAAAACUGUAACUCGGCCACUCAGAAACAUUCACUGUCGUUUUGGUAAACAACUCCAGUGUAGAUUUGGCCUUAUGUUUUAAGUUAUUGUCCUGCUGAAAGGUGAAUUAAUCUCCCAGUGUCUGGUGGAAAGCAAACUGAACCAGGUUUUCCUCUAGGAUUUUGCCUGUGCUUAGCUCCAUUCUGUAUAUUUUUUUAUCCUGAAAAACUCCCCAGUCCUUAACGAUUACAAGCAUACCCAUAACAUGAUGCAGCCACCACUAUGCUUGAAAAUAUGGAGAGUGGUACUCAGUAAUGUGUUGUAUUGGAUUUGCCCCAAACAUAACACUUUGUAUUCAGGACAAAAAGUGAACUGCUUCGCCACAUUUUUUGCAUUAUUACUUUAGUGCUCUGUUGCAAACUGUAAACAGGAUGCAUGUUUUGGAAUAUUUUGUACAGGCUUCCUUUUUUUCACUCUGUCAAUUAGGUUACUAUUGUGGAGUAACUACAAUGUUGUUGAUCCAUCCUCAGUUUUCACCUAUCACAGCCAUUAAACUCUGUUUUAAAUCCCUGCCGUGUAAUUAAUAACUUCACCAUGCUCAAAGGGAUAUUCUGUGUCUUUUUUUAUUUUUACCCAUCUACCAAUAGGUGCGCUUCUUUGCGAGGCUAUGGAAAACCUCCCUGGUCUUUGUGGUUGAAUCUGUGUUUGAAAUUCCCUGUUUGACUGAGGGGCCUUCCAGAUAAUUCUAUGUGUGGGUUACAGAGAUGAGGUAGUCAUUCAAAAAUCACGUUAAACACUAUUAUUGCACACAGAGUGAGUUCAUGCAAUUUAUUAUGUGACUUGUUAAGCACAUUUUUACUGCUGAACUUAUUUAGGCUUGCCAUAACAAAGGGGUUGAAUACUUAUUGACUCAAGACAUUUCAGCUUUUCAUUGUUUAUUAAUUUGAAAGUAUGGGUAUUUUGUGCAGGCCAGUGACAAAAUAAUCCUGCCAUCAAUAUUUUCCAAGCUAUGAUACUUUUGAUGCUGAUAUUUCUGUGUGAUCUUACAAAACUAUGAAAUGUGAGAAUUGUAAUUUUUUUGUGUUGUUGUUUGUCCAUAAAAAUACAGAGUUCCCCAUGUGGAAGUUAUCUAGUGUGAUAUUGUACUGGAUGCAUUGUUUACUGUAUAUCUGCUUCCUUUAUUCCUCGAUAUUAUUAGAUGAAUGAUAAUUCCAAUGCAACCCAUCAUGGGUGUAUUCACCAGAUCUUAAUAAUAAUUAGAGAAAUGAAUUUGAACUCUAACUGGCUUUCGUUUGUAUGUUUUUGUGGCUUCAUAUCAUAGAAAAUGUGACGGGAGAUGGGGGCAUGCACGCACACGCACAUACUACUGUUUAUGCCCCCAUCUCCCGUCGCUCAUUCCCUUCGCUCUCUCUCCUCUCCCUCCAACUCCAUCCUCUCCUCUCUCCCAAAUCCUCCUCCUCCCUUCCUCUCUCUCCUCUUUCAGACAGUGUUGGCUAUACCCUGACCCCUUCGACACACAAGUCAAACCCUGGCUUUACCUGGCCAUGUCACUCCUGGGUUUCCUAGCCAACGGCCUGACCCUGCGUGAAUUAUGGAGGUCGGGGAGGACCCCUACCGUCAUCCUGACCCUCAACAUGGUGACCUCUGACCUCUUGCUGUGCACCAGCUUACUGUUCCAAGUGGUAUACUACCUGAGGGGUCACAUCUGGUCUGGAGAGGACAGGGUGUGUAAGGCUGCCAUUCUAACCACGAUAACUGUCUUCUACAUCAACCUCUACUGUAACAUUCUCUGGACCAGUGUGACGCGCUACGCCACCGUGGUAUGGAUGCCUACAACAACAAGUGUUCAAAGUUAAAUUGAUUGAUUUUGAAUGAGGUUGUUUUAAUUGACCUUUUAAUUUUAUAAAUAAAUGUUUUUAUAAUAAGUUACUCAAUUAUUCACUCAAUUUUGCUCUCAAAUCUGUCCCUGGUUGUAGGUGCGGCCUCGCCCCGCCCUCCUCGCGCCCCUCACUAGGCCCAGAGGAUGCUGGGUACUCUGCCUCGUCACUUGGGUAACUGUGGUAACGGUGGUGAGUGCCAGUGUGGUACUUUGGUUCGGAGGAGGAAAAGGAAGAGGAGAAGGAGACAGCUGCUUUGACAUGUUGGAGAAUCACCACAGAAAAGAGUUCAACAACCAACACUGCCUGGGGGUGGUGCUGUUUUUUUGUGAUUCUCACCUUUAUUCUGGUCAGCUACUGGGGACUAGUGUUGCAUCUGCAGAGGAUCAGGGGGGCCAGCAACAAACACACCAGUGAAGGAGGGGUAAGGGAGGGGCGGGGGGUGACGGAGGGGAUGAGUUGCGGGCAGAGGGAGGGCAUGGGGGAGAACAGACGGGGUAUAGACUUGGGGGUGCGUUCAGGGCAGGAGAAAGGCAGGGGGUGAAGGGUGGUAGCCUGAGGGUACGAAGGAAGAUCCUGGCAGCGGUUGUCAUGUUUGUGGUGUGUUUCCUUCCCUACCAUGUCCAGCGUGCAGUGACCGUGCUCUCACCACACGGGGCGACUGUGAGAAGGUGAGAACACGACGGAAGGUGUCAAACGCAACCAUAACCAGAGCAGCGCUGAGCUGCGUUGUACAUCCCUUACUCCAUCUGGCCCUGCGCCACCUGCCCUGCUGCAGAAGACGACAAUAAGAGAUGCAUGCAUAGACACACAGACAGACAGACACACAGACACACCCACAGCUGUGGGCAACUGUAAGAGGCUGUGGACCACAACUUCUCCCUCUGCUCUCAGUACUGCCUCUCACUGAUAUAGCACAAACACAGCUGAUAAUAGUUGUCACAUCGAACAAACCACAUUAGAAUGUAACACUGAUCAUCUACCAGUAAAUACAUUUAACACAAUACGCUUUAUUUUCUCUUCAGCUACAUGAGUGUUUCUCAGCAGAAGUCAGUGGGUGAGCAUUUAGCUUGUAAAGUGGUCAACCAAUGCAUGCAUGCAAACAGACACACACACAAAGACCUGCACAUAGACACAGAAAUGCACGCACACGCACACACACACAGCAAAGUAGCACCCCCCCCCAACCCACCCACCAGGGAAGGGUAAAUAGAACCUCUAUGAGGAGUAGGCCACUACAGAGCGCCCUCCUCUGGACGCAUAUGAUAUUACUCUGAAUGGUUGAGCGGCAUUGGCAUCAGCAAAUAUGGUAAAUUAAGCACUGAGUCGAGAUAACAGUGAGACAAUAUGGAGCAAGAUUCAAAGCCUUUGCCCACAAUAACACCAUCUUUGCCAGCAGCAUAUCACCCUGCAUCCCACUGCUGGCUUGCCUCUGAAGCUAAGCAGGGUCGGUCCUAGUCGGUCCCUGGAUGGGAGGCCAGAUGCUGCUGGAAGUGGGGAUGGAGGGUCAGUACGAGGCAGUCUUCCCUCUGGUUUUAAGAUCAAAAUCCCAAUGCCCCAGGGCAGUGAUGGGGACAUUGCCUUGUUUAGGAUGCCGUCUUUCGGAUGGGACGUUAAACGGGUGUCCUGACUCUCUGUGGUCACUAAAAAUCCCAUGGCACUUAUCGUAAGAGUAGGGGUCUUAACCCUGGUGUCCUGGUUAAAUUCCCAUCAUGGCCACCUAAUCAUCUCCCUCAUUCCUAAUUGGCAUAUCACUCCUAACCUCUCCACAAGAUGUGUUUAGCCCCUCGUGAAGCUCAGUUGGUAGAGCAUGGCGUUUGCAACGCCAGGGUUGUGGGUUCGAUUCCCACGGGGGGGGGGGGGGCAGUAUGAAAAUGUAUGCACUCACUAACUGUAAGUCGCUCUGGAUAAGAGCGUCUGCUAAAUGACUAAAAUGAAAAUGAAAAUGAGUGCGCAGGCACAAAAUGGUUGCCAUGCAUCACCCAACACUGGGUUAAAAAACACUCGAUUUGGGUAAAUAUUGGACAAAACACGAUGGGCUAUUUUGACACAGCAGUUGGGUCACUUAAAGGGAUACUUCUGGAUUUUGGCAAUUUGGCAACUUUAUCUACUUUCCCAGAGUCAAACGAAGUUGUGGAUACCAUUUUUUAUGUCUCUGUGUCCAGUAUGAAGGAAGAUAGAGGUAGUUUCGCGAGCCAAUGCUAACUAGUGUUAGCACAAUGACUGGAAGUCUAUGGGUAUGUGCUAGCAUGCUAGUAGAUACCCAUUGACUUCUAAUCCUUGUGCUAACACUAGUAUUGUCAUUGGCCUUGUUUUGGGGUGGAGCUCAUUGGAAUAAUACUCUGCAUGCUUUGCAAUUGUUAAAUUUUACAUACACAUUUAGUUAAUUUAGCAGACAAUUAUCACACCAUAGUACCAUCAGACUUUUGAUACCAAUGUAGUGGAAGGGGGCCACAAAAUUGUUAACCGCUAUAAAGAAAUGGUAUAGAAAAGUAUUUCAUAUUUUGAAAAUAUACAUUACGGCUUUCGAAAGUAUCUUGUUACAAAAUACAUUGGGGUGUAGUUCAGCGCAGUGUAAUAAAAAAUAGAAGUAAUUAAAAUAUGUAUUUCAAAUACAUGUAACAGAAAUACUGUCCAUCUGGUCAUAGCUCAAUAACCCAACUAAGUGAUCCAACUGCUGGGUCAAAAAUAACCCAACGUGUGCACUGUCCACUAUUUACCCAGCGCUGGGUUGCUUUUUAACUCAGCAUUUUUUUGAGUGUAGUGGGUGCUACACAUUGGUGGUGGAUGAGGUGAGUUUUCUCCCCUUACAGCGCUUUGAGCAUCUGGAAUGGCACUAUAUAAAUGCAAUCAAUUAUUAUUAUUAUCAACACAGGAUGCGUGAGAGUGAGAAAGAGUCCCACUGAGUGAGGCCUGCGAUAGAAAGGUCGUAACAGUCGGAGAGAUACACAGCCAGAGAGGUAGACAAAGUUAAAAGGAAAUGUUCAUGUCUGAUGCUAGUCAAAGAUUAAUAUAGCAACAGAUGAUAUACAACAAAUGUCUUCAGUCAACCUAUCUGUUCACUGGCUCAAUGCAACCAGCAACAAUCCACAAGGGUAAGAUUUAUAUCUUCAUCUACAGUAGGUACCAGGCAUAGGCGGCGCGUGAGUGUCAAGUUUGGGGAACCUAAUUUUCACCAUAGACCUUUAUAUAAUAAAGCAUUCCAUGCAUCAUCGCAUUUGCAGACUUAUGCAAGAUAGCCUACUAUUCGUAAUAAGAUUAGUAGAUUGGAUAGUCAUCGUUUAGGCUAAUAAUAUACAGUUGAAGUCAGAAGUUUACAUACACUUAGGUUGGAGUCAUUAAAACUCGUUUUUGAACCACUCCACAAAUUUCUUGUUAACAAACUAUAGUUUUGGCAAGUGGGUUAGGACAUCUACUUUGUGCAUGACACAAGUCAUUUUUCCAACAAUCACAAUUCCAGUGGGUCAGAAGGUUACACACAGUAAGUUGACUGUGCCUUUAAAAUUCCAGAAAAUGAUGUCAUGGCAUUAGAAGCUUCUGAUAGGCUAAUUGACAUCAUUUGAGUCAAUUGGAGGUGUACCUGUGGAUGUAUUUCAAGGCCUACCUUCAAACUCAGUGCAUCUUUGCUUGACAUCAUGGGAAAAUCAAAAGAAAUCAGCCAAGACCUCAGAAAUUAAAUUGUAGCCCUCCACAAGUCUGGUUAAUUCUUGGGAACAAUUUCCAAAUGCCUGAAGGUACCACGUUCAUCUGUACAAACAAAAGUACGCAAGUAUAAACACCAUGGGACCACGCAGCCGUCAUACUGUUCAGGAAGGAGACACGUUCUGUCUCCUAGAGAUGAACGUACUUUGGUGCGAAAAGUGGAAAUCAAUCCCAGAACAACAGCAAAGGACCUUGUGAAGAUGCUGGAGGAAACAGGCAUAAAGGUAUCUAUAUACACAGUAAAACGAGUCCUAUAUCGACAUAACCUGAAAGGCCACUCAGCAAGGAAGAAGCCACUGCUCCAAAACUGCCAUUAAACUCUAACUGUUUUAAAUCCCCACCAUGCUCAAAGGGUUAUUCUGUUUUUAAAAAAAAAUUUUUUUAACCCAUCUACCAAUAGGUGCCAGUCUUUGCGAGGCACUGGAAAACCUCCCUGGUUUUUGUGGUUGAAUCUGUGUUUGAAAUUCCCUGUUUGAGGGGCCUUCCAGAUCAUUCUAUAUGUGGGUUACAGAGAUGAGGUAGUCAUUCAAAAAUCAUGUUAAACACUAUUAUUGCACACAGAGUGAGUCCAUGCAAUUUAUUAUGUGACUUGUUAAGCACAUUUUUACUGCUGAACUUAUUUAGGCUUGCCAUAACAAAGGGGUUGAAUACUUAUUGACUACUUAUUGACUCAAGACAUUUCAGCUUUUCAUUGUUUAUUAAUUUUGUGCAGGCCAGUGAUAAAAUAUUCCUGCCAUCAAUACUUUCCAAGCUAUGAUACUUUUGAUGCUGAUAUUUCUGUGUGAUCUUACAAAACUAUAAAAUGUGAGAAUUGUAAUUUUUUUGUGUUGUUGUUUGUCCAUAAAAAUACAGAGUUCCCCAUGUGGAAGUUAUCUAGUGUGAUAUUGUACUGGAUGCACUGUUUACUGUAUAUCUGCUUCCUUUAUUCCUCGAUAUUAUUAAAUGAAUGAUAAUUCCAACGCAACCCAUCCUGGGUGUUUUCACCAGAUCUUAAUAAUAAUUAGAGAAAUGAAUUUGAACUCUAACUGGCUUUCGUUUGUAUGUUUUUGUGGCUUCAUGUCAUAGAAAAUGUGACGGGAGAUGGGGGCAUGCACGCACACGCAUGCGCACACACACAAAAAGUUAUCACUACUGUUUAUGCCCCCAUCUCCCGUCGCUCAUUCCCUUCUCUCUCUCUCUCUCCCUCCAACUCCAUCCUCCUUCUCUCCUCUCUCCCAAAUCCUCCUCCUCCCUUCCUCUCUCUCCUCUUUCAGACAGUGUUGGCUAUACCCUGACCCCUUCGACACACAAGUCAAACCCUGGCUCUACCUGGCCAUGUCACUCUUGGGUUUCCUAGCCAACGGCCUGACCCUGCGUGAAUUAUGGAGGUCGGGGAGGACCCCUACCGUCAUCCUGACCCUCAACAUGGUGACCUCUGACCUCUUGCUGUGCACCAGCUUACUGUUCCAAGUGGUAUACUACCUGAGGGGUCACAUCUGGUCUGGAGAGGACAGGGUGUGUAAGGCUGCCAUUCUAACCACGAUAACUGUCUUCUACAUCAACCUCUACUGUAACAUGAUGCUGCUUCUCUGGACCAGUGUGACGCGCUACGCCACCAUGGUAUGGAUGCCUACAACAACAAGUGUUCAAAGUUAAAUUGAUUGAUUUUGAAUGAGGUUGUUUUAAUUUACCUGUACAUUUUUUUAAUAAAUGUUUUUAUAAUAAGUUACUCAAUUAAUUAUUCAAUUUUGCUCUCAAAUCUUUCCCUGGUUGUAGGUGCGGCCUCGCCCCGCCCUCCUCGCGUCCCUCACUAGGCCCAGAGGAUGCUGGGUACUCUGCCUCGUCACCUGGGUAACGGUGGUGAGUGCCAGUGUGGUACUUCAGUUCAGAGGAGGAAAAGGAAGAGGAGACAGCUGCUUUGACAUGUUGGAGAAUCACCACAGAAAAGAGUUCAACAACCAACACUGCCUGGGGGUGGUGCUGUUUUUCGUGAUUCUCACCUUUAUUCUGGUCAGCUACUGGGGACUAGUGUUGCAUCUGCAGAGGAUCAGGGGGGCCAGCAACAAACACACCAGUGAAGGAGGGGUAAGGGAGGGACAGAGGGGGUGAGUUGCGGGCAGAGGGAGUGCAUGGGGGAGAACAGACGGGGUAUAGACUUGGGGGUGCGUUCAGGGGCAGGAGAAAGGCAGGGGGUGAAGGGUGGUAGCCUAAGGGUACGAAGGAAGAUCCUGGCAGCGGUUGUCAUGUUUGUGGUGUGUUUCCUUCCCUACCAUGUCCAGCGUGCAGUGACCGUGCUCUCACCACACGGGGGCGACUGUGAGAAGGUGAGAACACGACGGAAGGUGUCAAACGCAACCAUAACCAGAGCAGCGCUGAGCUGCGUUGUACAUCCCUUACUCCAUCUGGCCCUGUGCCACCUGCCCUGCUGCAGAAGACGACAAUAAGAGAUGCAUGCAUAGACACACAGACAGACAGACACACAGACACACCCACAGCUGUGGGCAACUGUAAGAGGCUGUGGACCACAACUUCUCCCUCUGCUCUCAGUACUGCCUCUCACCGAUAUAGCACAAACACAGCUGAUAAUAGUUGUCACAUCGAACAAACCACAUUAGAAUGUAACACUGAUCAUCUUUAUAAUAAAGCAUUCCAUGCAUCAUCGCAUUUGCAGACUUAUGCAAGAUAGCCUACUAUUCGUAAUAUGAUGAGUAGAUUGGACAGUCAUGGACAGUCAACCCUGCCAUACCAGAUAUUUCUUCUUUCUAUAGACCAUACCAGAUAUGUUUCUUCAUUCUAUAGACCAUACCAGAUAUGUUUCUUCAUUCUAUAGACCAUACCAGAUAUGUUUCUUCAUUCUAUAGACCAUACCAGAUAUGUUUCUUCAUUCUAUAGACCAUACCAGAUAUGUUUCUUCAUUCUAUAGACCAUACCAGAUAUGUUUCUUCAUUCUAUAGACCAUACCAGAUAUGUUUCUUCAUUCUAUAGACUAUACCAGAUAUGUUUCUUCAUUCUAUAGACCAUACCAGAUAUGUUUCUUCAUUCUAUAGACCAUACCAGAUAUGUUUCUUCAUUCUAUAGACCAUACCAGAUAUGUUUCUUCAUUCUAUAGACCAUACCAGAUAUGUUUCUUCAUUCUAUAGACCAUACCAGAUAUGUUUCUUCAUUCUAUAGACCAUACCAGAUAUGUUUCUUCAUUCUAUAGACCAUACCAGAUGUUUCUUCUUUCUAUAGACCAUACCAGAUAUUUCUUCUUUCUAUAGACCAUACCAGAUGUUUCUUCUUUCUAUAGACCAUACCAGAUGUUUCUUCUUUCUAUAGACCAUACCAGAUGUUUCUUCAUUCUAUAGACCAUACCAGAUGUUUCUUCAUUCUAUAGACCAUACCAGAUGUUUCUUCAUUCUAUAGACCAUACCAGAUGUUUCUUCAUUCUAUAGACCAUACCAGAUAGGUUUCUUCUUUCUUUGCACAGGAAAAAUGUAGCCUUUUAUAAACACAUUUCAUGCAAUUCUACUACACUUUAUAUGACUGGAGACAAUAGCAGAAUGUUUUUUAAUUAUGACAAAUUACAGGGUCGCCUACUCUGCUGACAAUGACAAACAGAUCAAUAAAAAAAACGUUGUCCAUAUAAUAGGCCUACGAGAAGGGGAGACACAAAUAGAAUAUGACGUCCAUCUAAACAGGAAGAGGAAAUGAUUGUACAAAAACUAACCUAAGUGGCAAUAACCAAUCAAUGAUCGAGUGAAUAUGCGCAGUGCGCAAUCACCCGGGAUAUUGCCGAUGCUCUCCGCUGGUGCCAAUAAAAUAGGCUAUAAUAGGUUACUGUUGUUCGCUCAUUUAAGUUGAGAUCUUUGAUAACUAAAAGACUGAUUAUAGUAUUUUCAUUGUCUUCUCUUUAUAGCAAUAACCAUUUGCUUUUCAAACUAUGUUUUACCGCGAUUGUAUUUUGAAAUAUUGUGAUAUUUCCCAACUCAAUCAUGUAUUUGGUAUUUGCUGCGCGUGCUGCUCAAAUUGCGCGCGCUGCCUUUACUUCCGACUGUAGUCAAUGCGAUUUAAAACAAUCCACAACUUAUUUUUUUGAAAUAAACUAUUGAUCCUGUGCCCAAGUCAUGCUUUAGUAGCCUUUUUUGAAUGAUUGUAUUUAUUACUGUAUAGACAGGAGUAGGCUAAUUAGGCUAUAUAAUUUUGGCAAUUUACUUUAGGGAAAGUUUAGCUUCCCCAAGCCUUAUGGAUGCACUGCCUAUGGUACCAGGGCGUCAUGCACCCGAAACAGCCUUUUCCUGCAGCCUAGAGCCAUAAUCAUUAUGCCUAAUUCUAUGUAAAUAUAUAUGUUACAUUUUCUGCAUAGGUUAUCUAAGCAUACCUUUUUACCUUUUUUAUUUAUUCAUCAAAAAAAGAAUCAAUAGGCUACAUAACUUGAUCAAAUUAAUUUACAAACAUACCUCCUGCGAGUCCUGCCCAUCACCGGCAGCUAAAAUCAAAUCAAACGUUGUUUAUGUCACUCAACACUCUCUCUCCUCCUCCACUGACGAUACUGUCUGCUGCAUGCACUAGAGCAGGGGUGUCAAACUCAUUUUAGCUCAGGGGCCACAUGGAGGAAAAUCUAUUCCCAAGUGGGCCGGACCGGAAAAAUCAUGGUAUAUAUAACUUAAAAACAACAACUUCAGAUUGUUUUCUUUGUUUUAAUACGAUCAACAUACAACAUAAAGCUGGAGCCUGAGGACAGUGUGUCCAAAAUAGUACAAGCACAACAUCACUAUUAAUCAUAAAACACGUCAAGUUUAUUUGAAAAUUCUAAAGAAAAAGAACACACAAUGCCUCAGUGAUUAACAGAACUGUUUCACAGAUCACAGAACUAUAUCAGGGUGUCAUUUCUCAGGCAGAAAUGUAGAUAAAAAUAAUGAAAUCCUGUUCCCCAAACAAGUGCAAGAACCACAGAGUCAAGAAUAGGUUAAAUAUACAAAGAAAAUAAAAUCAAUUAAAAACAAUAGCACAUCAACAUAAAAACAUAUAAACAUAAAGCUGGAGCCUGAGGACAGUGUCCAAAAGCACAACAUCACUAUUAAUCAUAAAACACCUCAAGUUAUUUGAAAGUUCUGAGGACAAAGAACACACAAACACACAAUGCCUCAGUGAUUCACAGAAGUAUAUCACAGAACUAUAUCAGGGUGUCAUUUCUCAGGCAGAAAUGUAGAUAAAAAUAAUGAAAUCUUGUUCCCCAAACAAGAGCAAGAACCACAGAGUCAAGAAUAGGUUAAAUAUACAAAUAAAAUAAAAUCAAUUAAAAACAAUAGCACAUCAACAUAAAAACAUAUAAACAUAAAUCUGAAAGCAUUGCUCAAACUCCCGUAACAGUCCAGUUAUUUUAUCUUUGAACCGCUUCAUGUCUGCCACAUGUUGGGUCGCGCACACAUUUUUCAGACAGGGGAAGUGAGCUGCAUCACCACCGGCAAGUUGCGUCUCCCACAAUGACAGCUUCAACUUGAAAGAACGUAUGCUGUCAUAAUACUGCGUGACAACUUUGUUGCGCCCUUGCAGCUGUUUGUUCAAGUUAUUCAGGUGCUCUGUAACAUCCACCAUAAAUGCAAGGUCCGGCAUCCAUUCUGCGGAAUGAAAUUCUAACACUGGUUUGCCCUUUUCUUCCAUGAACUGUUCAAUUUCUUCUCGUAAAUCAAAGAAACGCCUCAGCACAGCACCUCGGCUUAACCAUCUUACCUCAGUGUGGUAUGGCAGGCCAUAGAUGUGGUCUUUCUCUCUGAGAAGGCUGUCAAACUGACGGUGAUUCAGGCUUCUGGAUCGGAUGAAAUUAACAGUUUGGAUGACCACCUUCAUGACGUUAUCCAUCUUUAAUGACUUGCAACACAAAGCCUCCUGGUGCAAAAUACAGUGAAAAGUCAAAAAAUCACGUCCUCCAUUUGCAGAUUGCACUUUCUCUCUGAACUUUGUCACAACGCCUGCUUUUUUCCUGAUCAUUGAGGGCGCACCAUCUGUAGCCAGGCUGACAGCGCGGGACCAGUCCACUCCGACCCUGUCCAGCGCGCCGACGAGUGCGGUAAAAAUAUCAGCUGCUGUCGUUGUGUCUGUCAUCGGCACCAACUCCACGAACUCCUCAGUGACAGUCAAUGUGUCAUCAACUCCGCGGAUGAAAAAAUGGCCAGUUGUGCAACAUCUGUAAUGUCCGUGCUUUCAUCAAUUGCAACCGAAAACGCAAUAAAUGACUUUACUUUUUGCUUCAACUGGCUGUCCAAAUCCACUGAAAGAUCGGAAAUCCUGUCUGCAACUGUGUUUCUUGUCAGGCUGAUAUUUGCAAAAGCCUGCCGCUUUUCAGGGCACACAAUCUCCGCUGCCUUCAUCAUGCAUGUUUUUACAAAUUCACCCUCACUAAAUGGUUUUGAAGCCACUGCGAUUUCAUUAGCAAUGAGGUAGCUAGCUUUCACUGCAGCGUCACUGAUGUCUCGGCUGUGAGUAAACACAGACUGCUGUUUCUUCAGACCCGCCAACAGUUCAUUCACCUUCUCUCAUCUCCGCUGUCCUUGAAAGUUGUCAUAUUUGUCGGCAUGAAGACUCACAUAGUGGCGACGAAGGUUAUAUUAUUUCAGCACUGCAACAUGCUCUGAACACACCAAACAUACAGCUUUCCCAUUCAAUUCCGUGAUUAAAUAGGAUGACCAUUUUUCUUGGAACACUCUGCACUCUGCGUCCACUUUUCUCUUUUUUGACAGAGACAUAUUGGGGCAAUGAGGGUGCCAAAGCACAUAAUGUUAAAAGUAGAAGCCGUAAUAAAUAUCGCGGGCAAAACAAAGUAGCUCAUUGGCUGCACGUGCCUGACCUACUUGCUCUGCCCCGGUAUAAACAGUUUGCUUGCUUAACACAAUUGCUAUUGCGCCAUCCAGUGGACGCAAUUGGAACAGCAGUUUAUUUUAUUGAUAAAUUGCAGCGCAUUUUUAUACUUAAAAAAAAAAAAAAAAAAAAAAAUAACUUAUUUUUUUAAUUUUUUUAAAUCAUCUCGCGGGCCGGAUUAAACCCGUUUGUGGGCCUGAUCCGGCCCGCGGGCCGUACGUUUGACACCCCUGCACUAGAGUAUAUAGCAUCCUGCCUAGCAUAUCUAUGCCCCAUGGUGCACUUUGGAAGGAAACACUUACUAGGGAAAAUAGGGGGGGGGGGGGGGGGGGGGGGGGUUACUCUUUGCUUGUCCAGUCAGUGUGCCCCCUCCGCAAAAUAAAGCUGACAGAUAUUUUUAUAAAAAAUUACGAUAAAACACGGGCUUAAAAAUGAAGUUUAGUAAUUCAUUUAACAUCUGCAAAUCUUUAAAACAGGACAAAUCUGAGGGGACAUGAUGCCAAAGGUAGGUAAUUAGUACAAAUUAUGAAAUGUGUGUUUUGUUGUUUUGUUUGUGGGGUUGUUUGUUAAUAGAAAGUUUAAGUUCCCCAUGUGGAAGUUAUCUAGUGUGAUAUUGCAUUGGAUGCAUUGUUUACUGUACAGUGGCUUGCGAAAGCAUUCACCCCCUUUGCCAUUUUUCCUAUUUUGUUGCCUUACAACCUGGAAAUAAAAUAGAUUUUGGGGGGGGUUUGUAUCAUUUGAUUUACACAACAUGCCUACCACUUUGAAGAUGCUAAAUAUUUUGUUUGUGAAACAAACAAGAAAUAAGACCAAAAAACUGAACUUGAGCGUGAAUAACUAUUGAAAAACAUCCCCACAGCAUGGUGUUCUCAGGGUGAUGAGAGGUGUUGGGUUUGCGCCAGACAUAGUGUUUUCCUUGAUGGCCAAAAAGCUCAAUUUUUGUCUCAUCUGACCAGAGUACCUUCUUCCAUAUGUUUGGGGAGUCUCCCACAUGCUUUUUGGCGAACACCAAACGUGUUUGCUUAUUCUUUUCUCUAAGCAAUGGCUUUUUUUCUGGCCACUCUUCCGUAAAGCCCAGCUCUGUGAAGUGUACGGCUUAAAGUGGUCCUAUGGACAGAUACUCCAAUCUCCGCUGUGGAGCUUUGCAGCUCCUUCAGGGUUAUCUUUGGUCUCUUUGUUGCCUCUCUGAUUAAUGCCCUCCUUGCCUGGUCCGUGAGUUUUGGUGGGCGGCCCUCUCUUGGCAGGUUUGUUGUGGUGCCAUAUUCUUUCCAUUUUUUAAUAAUGGAUUUAAUGGUGCUCCGUGGGAUGUUCAAAGUUUCUGAUAUUUUUUUUAUAACCCAACCCUAAUCUGUACUUCUCCCAAACUUUGUCCCUGACCUGUUUGGAGAGCUCCUUGGUCUUCAUGUUGCCACUUGCUUGGUGGUGCCCCUUGCUUAGUGGUGUUGCAGACUCUGGGGCCUUUCAGAACAGGUGUGUAUACAUACUGAGAUCAUGUGACAGAUCAUGUGACACUUAGAUUGCACACAGGUGGACUUUAUUUAACUAAUUAUGUGACUUCUGAAGGUAAUUGGUUGCACCAGAUCAUAUUUAGGGGCUUCAUAGCAAAGGGGGUGAAUACAUAUGCACCCACCACUUUACCGUUAUUUACUUUAUAGAUUAUUUUUUUGUUGUUGAAAAAUUAGACUAUUUUGUGUAUGUCCAUUACAUGAAAUCCAAAUAAAAAUUCAUUUAAAUUACAGGUUGUAAUGCAACAAAAUAUGAAAAAUGCCAAGGGGGAUGAAUACUUUUGCAAGGCACUGUAUAUCUGCUUCCUUUAUUCCUUGAUAUUAUUAAAUGAAUGAUAAUUCCAAAGCAACCCAUCCUGGGUGUUUUCACCAGAUCUUAAUAAUAAUUAGAGAAAUUAAUUUGAACUCUAACUGGCUUUCGUUUGUAUGUUUUUGUGGCUUCGUGUCGUAGAAAAUGCGACUGGAGAUGGGGGCAUGCACGUACGCAUGCGCACACACUCAAAAAGUUAUCACUACUGUUUAUGCUCCGAUCUCCCGUCGCUCAUUCCCUUCUCUCUCUCUCUCUCCCUCCAACUCCAUCCUCCUUCUCUCCUCUCUCCCAAAUCCUCCUCCUCCCUUCCUCUCUCUCCUCUUUCAGACAGUGUUGGCUAUACCCUGACCCCUUCGACACACAAGUCAAACCCUGGCUCUACCUGGCCAUGUCACUCUUGGGUUUCCUAGCCAACGGCCUGACCCUGCGUGAAUUAUGGAGGUCGGGGAGGACCCCUACCGUCAUCCUGACCCUCAACAUGGUGACCUCUGACCUCUUGCUGUGCACCAGCUUACUGUUCCAAGUGGUAUACUACCUGAGGGGUCACAUCUGGUCUGGAGAAGACAGGGUGUGUAAGGCUGCCAUUCUAACCACGAUAACUGUCUUCUACAUCAACCUCUACUGUAACAUGAUGCUGCUUCUCUGGACCAGUGUGAUGCGCUACGCCACCGUGGUAUGGAUGCCUACAACAAGUGUUCAAACUUAAAUUGAAUGAUUUUGAAUGAGGUUGUUUUAAUUGACCGGUUAAUUUUUAAAUAAAUGUUUUUAUAAUAAGUUACUCAAUUAAUCACUCAAUUUUGCUCUCAAAUCUUUCCCUGGUUGUAGGUGCGGCCUCGCUCCGCCCUCCUUGCGCCCCUCACUAGGCCCAGAGGAUGCUGGGUACUCUGCCUCGUCACCUUGGUAACUGUGGUAACGAUGGUGAGUGCCAGUGUGGUACUUCGGUUUGGAGGAGGAAAAGGAAGAGGAGACAGCUGCUUUGACAUGUUGGAGAAUCACCACAGAGAAGUGUUAAACAACCAACACUGCCUGGGGGUGGCCCUGUUUUUUGUGAUUCUCACCUUUACUCUGGUCAGCUAUGGUGGACUAGUGUUGUAUCUGCAGAAGGUCAGGGGGUCCAAGAACACAAACACCAAUGAAGGAGGGGUAAGGGAGGGACAGAGCGUGAGUACAGGGGUGAGGGGUGGUAGCCUGAGGGUACGAAGGAAGAUCCUAGCUAUGGUUGUGGUGUUUGUGGCGUGUUUCCUGCCCUACCAUGUCCAGCGUGCAGUGACCUUGCUCUCACCACACGGUGAAGACUGUGAGAAGGUGAGAACACGAUGGAAGGCGAAGAAUGCAACCAUAACCAGAGCAGCGCUGAGCUGCAUUGUACAUCCCUUACUCCAUCUGGCCCUGCGCCACCUGCCCUGCUGCAGAAGACGACAAUAA